AUGGUCAGGGCGACUGAGACGCCUGGACCUGAGACAAAGCCGGCAGAUAUCCUCAAUGGAGAUAUAACCUUACCUGCUGACCAGGCAGAGGCUGCAUUGGACCCGGAAUCAGACGAAGACAUCCCCGUUGAGGCGGAAGAGCUGAAAGAGGCGCUCGGCCGACCACCCCCGGUGAACAGCAGCUACCUUCCCCUUCCCUGGAAAGGCAGAUUAGGAUAUGCGUGUCUAAAUACGUAUCUUCGCUAUUCAACACCCUCCGUAUUCUGUUCUCGAACAUGUCGAAUCGCCUCUAUAAUCGAAAAUCGACACCCGCUUCAAGACCCCGAUCAGCCCACACACCCGAUUAAGAAUCGUCCAGACCGCGACCAACCAGCCGAUGUUGCUCGCGGGCAAGCCUUCGUGGAGGGACUAGGCUUGGCGAAUGUACGCGAUUUGGUCAAAAUCAUUCGUUGGAAUGACAAGUAUGGCAUCAAGUUCAUGCGACUCAGCAGUGAGAUGUUCCCAUUUGCCAGUCACAAGGAAUAUGGCUAUAAGCUGGCGCCGUUCGCUUCAGAUAAGCUGGCAGAUGUAGGACGCGUGGUUGCAGAACUCGGACACCGGGUGUCGGUUCACCCCGGCCAAUUCACCCAACUCGGAUCACCCAGGAAAGAAGUUAUCGAGAAUUCUACUCGCGAUCUCGAAUAUCACUCGGAGAUGCUCCGGCUACUCAAACUCCCCCCACAGCUGGACCGCGAUGCGGUCAUGAUCCUUCAUAUGGGCGGAGUGUUUGGUGAUAAGGCUGCGACACUAGAUCGGUUCCGAGAGAAUUACGCUAUGUUGUCGCAGGACAUCAAAAACAGAUUGGUUCUGGAGAAUGACGACGUUAGCUGGUCCGUUCACGAUCUACUGCCUAUUUGCGAGGAGCUCAAUAUCCCUCUUGUCCUCGACUACCACCACCAUAAUAUCAUUUUUGACGCCAAUGAGGUCCGUGAAGGCACCGAGGACAUUAUACCCCUCUACGAGCGUAUAUCAGCAACAUGGGCUCGGAAAAAUAUCACCCAAAAGAUGCAUUAUUCCGAACAAACUGCACCUGCCAUCACCCUGCGCCAACGGCGCAAACACAGUGACCGCGUUAGUACUUUGCCCCCUUGUUCGCCCACCAUGGAUCUUAUGAUUGAGGCCAAGGAUAAAGAACAAGCCGUAUUUGAGUUGAUGAGAAACUUCAAACUCCCUGGCUACAAUCUUGUGAACGACAUGAUACCCUUCAUGCGCCUUGACGAAAACCAACCCCACAAACCACCCAAAAAGUCCAAGAAGAACGGGGCCUUCGUGGACCUAGAAGGAUCAAUGCCACCGCCUCGCACCAUCCCAGAUGAAGAAGUUGGAAUGGGUGGACCGGAUCGCAGAGUCUACUGGCCUGAGGGUAUGGAAGAAUGGCUCCGACCGGCAAAGAAAAUUGUGAAGCCUAGAGCUACACCAAGUCCCAAGAAAAGCACCUCGAAAAAGGGUAAGAUUGAGUCUGUGGCAGACGAUGCUCCCCUAGAUAUACCUAUCAAGAUAGAAACGCCAGUAAAAAAGCCCGUCAGACGCAUGCGUCCGUCGACCAGGGCCCGCAACAAGCGCAAGGCUUCAGAUAUUGAGUCUACUCCAGAGUCUGAAGAGAUUCCAGUGGAACUAGACAGUACUCCAGUUUCGACAUCACUUUCGCGACGAAGUUCACGUGCGAAGAGAGUGAACUACACCGAGGACAGUGCAUAA